AUGUCUCUUAAUGCUGAGGCCACCAUCACGAUAGCACAAAUCAAAACUCCUCACAUAAACACGGGUUUGACGUUGUCACCAUAUCACACACCUACUAGCCCACGCUAUAAUGACCACGAGCAUGAUGAUGAUGAUGAUGAUGAUGAUGAUGAUGGGUCGUACGAUAAUUUGGUCCAAAACAACGAGCUGACGGCGAGUGCGAUCGAUGGCGGAGGGAAAGAGGUCGAUGUCACCGUAGGGUCAGAUGUGUUCAUGGAAACUGCAAAAAUCUCCAAGCACAAAUUCGAGCGUGCGAAGGCUCGGCAAUGGGCAACGAGAGAUAUCUGCUUCUUAGUAUACGAUGACUCAGACGUCAAAAUCGGUGGGUUUGACAGCGACGAGGAAGCGCUGCAGAAACACGCCCUACGGAUGAGUUUAGGAGACAACGAUACUCUGAUACCAGAAGGAGACGAAGCCCAACGCUCGGAAUAUGCCGAUGACUCGUGGAAAGCUAAAUGCUGUCCGCCAAGAGACGACAACCCAAUUCCAAGAAGCUACACCGCUCGGGACCUCGACGGGCGUGUUCGCACCAGUCGCGCUCUUGAUGAUGUUCUAGAUCGUGCUGUGGAUUUCGCCAACUCAUGUGGCCUUCGAAUUAUCUGGAUCGACCAAGAGUGUCUUCUUCAGCCAGCUAAGACCAUCACGAACGAAGGUUGA